GGUUCACGAAGGGGACGCGUCAACAUGGGAGCCUACAAGUACCUGGAGGAGCUCUGGCGGAAGAAGCAGAGCGAUGUGCUCCGCUUCGUGCUCCGCGUGCGCGCGUGGGAGUACCGCCAGCUCCCCCGCGUGUGCAAGGUGUCCCACCCCACCCGCACGGACAAGGCCCACCGCCUCGGCUACAAGGCCAAGCAGGGCUACACGAUGGUGCGUGUGGCCGUCCGCCGCGGUGGACGCAAGAGGCCUAACGCCAAGGGUAUCGUGUACGGUAAGCCGAAGCACCACGGUAUCAACAAGAUCAAGGCCGUGCGCAACUUGAGGUCCGUCGCCGAGGAGCGCGUGGGCGCCAAGUUCACCAACAUGCGCGUGCUUAACUCGUACUGGGUCAACCAGGAUGCCACCUUCAAGUACUACGAGGUGAUCACCGUGGACCCGUCCCACAUGGCCAUCCGCAACGACCCGCGCAUCCAGUGGAUCACCAAGCCGGUGAUGAAGCACAGGGAGUGCCGCGGCCUAACCUCCGCCGGCCGCCAACACCGUGGCCUGCGCAAGAAGGGCCACCGCGCCAACAACCUCAUCGGCUCCUCCCGCCGCGCCGCCUGGAAGCGCCGCAACACCCUCUCCCUCAAGCGGUACCGCUGAUCUGGGAAAUAGCGUGGCCCCCGGGCGGGACUGGGGCGGCGAAAAACGGCUUUGGGGGGCUCCGCGGUAUCAGCCAUUGGCGUGGUUGGGUUCCUUUGGUGGUGGCGGGCGCAAAGUGCAAGGAAGGGCCGUCGUGGCAGGCAGCUGCUGCGUGGGUCGCUUGAUGUUGCGUUUUUCCGGCUGGAGAAGACUUUUGACGCUUUCCUCUGAAGUACUCUUGCGUUUUUCCUCUGGGCCCUAAGCCCCCCGUGUCUCAGGGCGUGUAGUGGCGCCGGUGACAAAUAUUCGUGAACUUGGAGAACAAAAAAUUGAAAAACAUUAUUGGAGGAACCUCGCGAAGCGGGCGCGUGUCCUUCUCGACUACGUGGGAAGCGUGGCUAGCAUGGAGCUCGCCGUCUUUGUUUGGUUUCGUUCCUCCGCGAUGCCAAAAGUUGGUAGGCGCUGCUCUUGACAUGAGAAGCUGCAAGGCUUGUUGGUUCUAGUGGCUACUCGUGGCCGAGCUUGCACAUGUUGACCGCAACGCGCUCACCCCCCGGUGUACGUAGUACUGGGGAGUGGAUGGCCAGCUGCAGAGCAGCGCAGGCUUCGUGUGUCAGCGCGGAGCUGGUGCUGCUCUCAACUGCUGCAUUGCGUGUUGCCACCAGCUCUCUCCCCAAACACCACUGCCUGCCACCACGACUAACGCUCGAGUGCACAUCUUGCGCGACGGCAGUUGUUUUUCUUAAUCAAAUGUGAACCUGAGCUUGAUAAAAAAACCAUCAAACCGC